UAACAUCUCUAAAAUGCAGAUGUUGCGCCUUUGUGAACUACGUUUUCGCACUGUCAUUAUUUCCGUUUCCACUUCAAGAAGCAACACACUUUUUCAGGGCUUUGCAUUUUCCACUCUCUCAACUCUUCCAGCCCGCUGGAUCUGUAACCAUUACUGAAGUCAAACUUUAUCUUUGCAAUGGGGGACAUCGAAGCUCCCGAUACGACUGGACCGCGCCAAAGUGUCCUUCAAACUAUUCUCCCAAUCGCAAAAGAAUUCGCAUCUUCACGGAAAGGACAACUUCUUAUUGCAGAAGUGGCUCUGUCCCUCAUCGCGUUCAUCUGUUUUGUGGCGUCCACGGCAGCAGCCUUUGUUACAGCACCCCUCAUUGAGUUCCUGGCUGCCCUCUUCCUCCUAUUUGCCUAUUCCACCAAAUUCAAUGAGCGAUUUAAGGGAUUCCACUUCCCCCUCAUGGAUUUUCUGCGCUGUGUCAGUGCGUCCAUCAUCUUUUUCAUCAUCUCCAUAAUAUCAGUUUCCAAGUUCACAGACGGGGCCUCUAAAGCAGCAGGGGUGUUCGGGUUCAUUGCCACCAUUGUUUUUGCGCUAGAUUUCUACUUCAUCUUUAAUGACCUGGCUAAUUUCCUCAAAAAAGGUGGGGACUCGGGUGACGAGCCACCAAGAACCUCAGAGUACAACGACUCAGACUCUGACUCAGACUGAAGAGGUUCUACCCCAGGGACCGUGUGUGUGUGUGUGUGUGUCCAGUCCACCAUGCCGGACAGGAAGACAGCCAUACUGCAGACGUCAACGGCAUCCUGAAGGAUUCACAUUUCAUUUUAAACUGACGUGAAAACAGGUUUCCAAUCUCAGUCUUUAGGGCAUUGGAAUGUUGGCACGUACAAUGAUCAAUUACGGUUACAGUAUUUUCCAAAUGCUCUAAAAUUGCCCAAACUCUGAAAUACAUUUCUGAAGCUGUGAAUGAACUGUGGUAUUUAUAGUGAUGGCUAUUGGUUUACAGUUGCUCAGCCUCCAUAAUACCAAGCAGAGCAUGGGGAACAAAGGCACAUUACACUAAAUUUAAAUGGAAGAAUCAGGAGAAAUUCCCUAUAUGUUUUUAUGAGGUUUACAUCAUUGAAAAGAUUGGCAGCUGGUUGGCUGGUUACACCAUCUGUCCAAUCAUCAUACUUGCUUUGCUUGAUUUUUCAUUUUCUGGUGACCUUUAUUGAAAAUGUUCCUGUAUCUGAUGUGAUAUCCUAGCAUUAAAAUCAUUUUAUGACAGAUCCAUGUUCACCGAGCUGAGAAGACUGACUGUGCAUGGCACUUAGCGACUCUUACCGACUGCCUAAAUGGCCACUUCCUGUUUUGAAUUUGAUUUGUCAGCGGAAUGUUUUCUUUCUUCCAAUUCAAAAAACGUUUGAUCAUGGAAAAGCACUAGGAGACAUUUGUUAUUGUGUUUGAAAAGUAAACUGCAAAUGUGGUAGGACUGCAUUCAUUGAUUGAAAAUGUUACACCAAAAUGUUUUCCUAUUUAGGUUUUCUUACCAGGUUUGUACAUGAAACAUUUGUCAAUUUGCAGGUCAUGUAAAGAAAAUAAGAAAGACAUCAGUUGAUUUUCAGGCAUUUGUAAGCUUUACUUUGUUUAAUAAAAAAUUAAGACAUGUUCAACAGCAUUUCCAAAUCCAUUUAUUUUGAGACAAGGUUGUCACCAUAAACUAUAGUUUUGUUAAAUCUACAGAAAAUUAUUUAAAUACAAUACAGAUUUUAAUACUGCCUCCUAGAGUCCAAUAAAUACCUGUAUCAGUUACAGAACAUUUAAGAAAAUCAAGGUUAAACUUUAAAAAGAUAAGAGCGGUAAGUCUUCACUUUAAGAUUAGCCAUUUCAGAUGUUGAGUGGUUCAAAACCUUGAUACAAGCUAUAACCUCUGCAUGAAGCACUGUUGUUAAAGUUGUUUUAAGCAUGUUACAAUAUAUUGUAAUGUAAAUACACCUAGUUCAAAAUAUUAGGUUAUAUUUACAGAGUGCUCUAGAUUGUUAAAGCCUUCAUGAAGCAUUAACUUGUAUUGUUCCACUAUAGUCACAUAAUUUCACUACUAGUUAAAGCAAGGAUUACAUAUGCACUCAC